CAUUCAUUGCUUUCUAUUGUCGGUUAUGUAAAACUAUCGAUUGUUACUAUUAUUUCUAAAAGCUUGAAAUUGUUUACAUUUCACUCAUAUCUAUAAUAAUCGGACUCGCGUUUUGAUAGUACAUUGAUCGAUUGAAUUGAGAAAAGUUGCUUAUUUCUAUGAACUACGCGUCGAUCUUGAGCAUCGCUCUUUGCUAAAGUGUUGAGUUCACUUCAGGUGACUGACAGGCGGGGGCCACGGCUGCAGUUUUAGGUUUGUUUUAAAACCUUUAUUCAUUUAAACAUGGCCCAAGGGAAGGAGACUGAGGCCGAAGCGAGAUUAUACAGAUGCACAAGGACCCUGGUCGCAGCCCUUACCCAUGUCCUCUGCAUUGCCUUCACAGUUUUCCUUGUAUUCCUGUCUCGACCCGGUUCGAGCUUGUUCUCAUGGCAUCCUUUUCUGAUGACACUUGCUUUUUCCUUCAUCAUGACAGAGGCUAUCCUUCUCUUCUCCCCCCAUGGCUCACCUAUAAGGAAGUUUGGGCAUAAGACCAAAGGUCGUAUUCACUGGGCCCUCCAGGUUUUGUGUGUGGCCUGUGCUGUUGUGGGUCUAGCAGUCAUUGCCUAUAACAAACAUUUGAACAAUAAACUGCACUUUACCUCCUGGCAUGGCUUACUAGGCCUGAUCACUGUGUGUGUGGUUGGGCUGCAGUCCCUGGCAGCACUGCCUCUCAAGUACCACAGUCUAGCUAAAGGCUGGUCUCUUGCCAAACUGAAGCGGUACCAUGCAGCGUCAGGACUUGUGACCUACCUGCUCGGCUGUGGGAGUCUGCUGCUUGGCCUUUGCUCCUCCUGGUUCACUGAGUCUGUCAGCAGUUACACCUGGUAUCUGUCAGCCCUGUGCCCUGUGCUCUCUGCUCUUGUCAUCAUGGACCAAGUCUCCCGCGCAUACACUGCAAAAAAGAGACUGCAGUCCUGACAAACCCAACAAAAACACUUACGUUGAAAUAUUUUGGCUUGUCACAUUCACUACUGGUCAAAUCAUAAUUGUGCAAUGACAUUGUCAGGGAAUUUCUAUUGUGCUAUGAAAAUAAUAUGUAUUUAAAAUUUAAAUAUAAUAAUGCAAAAUAGUG